AGGGCUUUUAAGGAUGUCUACCCUGCUGAAGUAAAACUUGAGGUAUUGCCAGUGUGGUGCUGUGUGAAAUCAAACAAACUGAGUGGCAUUGUGGGACGUCCAGGAACUAUGCAGUGUCCAUACCCACCACAACACAGGCAUAACAGGAAGUUCCUCUGUAAGGGAGACCACCGCAACAACUGUACAGACAUGGUGACGAGUCAGAGCAGGUUCACGCUGCAAGAUGACGUUUCUUCCAGCUCUUUCACGGUGCUGAUCACGGAGCUGAGAGCAAGGGAUGCUGGGACAUACUGGUGUGGUUCAGACCCACAGUGGAGUCCUGCUGACUACACACAGAUUGAGCUGUCACUAGUCAUUCCACCACUGACCAGCACUGUGACCCCUGACAUCACUGUAGAACCUGUUGGAUCACAAUCAACACUUAUCCCUGACAAACACAUCAAAGAUGUUUCACCUGUUCUCGUAGUGGUUUUUGUUGUACUUGCUGUACUCCUGAUAUUGGCAUUUACCCUGGUCGUAAUUUAUAAAUGCCACCGGAAAGGACAAGAAGUCAGCUUGAGCAGAAAUAUAACAAAGACUGCUGAAGCAGAAGAGACGACGUAUGAAGUUCAAGGAGAUGUAGCGUGCUCAACCAUGGGCUCCUCCAAGCAACAGAGCAUGUUGUACCAUAACAAGGCAGGUGAAGACCAACAAGAGUCUGUGUAUCAAAACAUCACCAGGGAAGAGGAUAUCUACUGUAAUCUGUAACAACAGCUCAACAGUGUCUGUAUUGUCUCAGAGAGCAGCUGACCAACACACAUUCAUGUCUAAUUGUGUUCAUACCUUUCUAUUGUCUCGACCAGGUUGGCCUUUGUGAUUAAUCUAUACCAUGAGAGAUAUUUGGUGCUGUAACUCAUAUUCAUGGCUUUAUUCUGAUUUUGCUCAGGCUCUUUUACUUUCACAUUUAUCAUGAUUUCUAAGUGUUAAUAGGGCCUUGUGGUCCUGUUCAGUGCUGUUUCUGUACCAGACUGUGAUGAUCCCUGUCAGCACAACACUGUCCCUUCAUACAGUCAUUCUGCUGAUGUUUUGGGGUCAACAGGAGUGUAAGCUCAGGACCCACGGUGCUUUGGUAAACUAAAAGGAUGAGAAAUUAAACACUGAAGUAUAUAAUUUAGAAAAAGGGUAGGCAACCUGCAGCUCUGCAGCGCCAUGCAGCUCUUUAGACCCUCUCCAGUAGCUCCCUGUGGCUUCGAAUUAAAUUAUCUGGAAAUGAAUAAUGGUUAUUUUUUAACAUCAGGAUUUUCAUUUGUCAUUGUAGUUGGCCUAAAGUGAUUACUGCAUUCUACAUUUGUAAAAAUGUGUAACCUAUA